CAUCGCGAGUUAUGGUAACACUGACCGAAGCAAAAGAGUCGACGAUGGGUAAAAACAAAGCCCCGUGCAAAAGUGUCCGAAAACCGUGCGUAUCAUCAAACAAAUCGUAACUCGGCCAGAAAACUCAAGAGCCGCAGUUCUGGUGGCCGCGUGUGCAGUGCCGUUUUAAUUGUCGGUAAACGCGUAAUCCACUAAAAAAAGGAUUUUUUUUUAAAAACGUUCCCCUUAAACGCAUUUCGUUCACACUCACUGACACACACACUCGCAAACAGCAGACAAACACAACGCGCAGCGCAUAUACACACAAAGAAAAGAAGUCAGUGAAAAUCGACAAGCGCACGCAUGCACACACAAACACACAUAGACAUACACGCAGGCGAAAAAGUGUUGAUAUAUAUCCAAUAUAUUGAUGUUGUGUGCACCGUUGUUGUUGCUGCUACUGCUGUGUGAGUGAGCGAGUGACAGAACAGCAAGAGAGAAAGGGGGAGAGAGCGCGCAGGAUAAAGCGAAGAUGAGCCACAAAGCAAAGGAGUGAAAAAAUAAUUAACGGCGAAGAGAGUGGAAAGAGGAGUGCGAAGUAAAAAUUAGCAGCAACAACAAUAACAUCAACAACAACGACUAGGGGUCCCCUACAACAACUACAACUUCUACAAAAUUGGCCCUCUCAUUUUGGCAGUCGCAUCGCCCCUCUCGCUCUCUCUUUCGGUGGGGGAUACGGAUACGAAAAAGUUCUCAUGCAACAACAACGACAACAAACAAUAGCAGUCGCAGUCGACGCGGGCAGAGGCAGAGGCAGCGACAGAGACCGCGGCGCACUGAACGUAUUUUGUACAUAUAAACAAAAAUAGUUUUAAAGUCAAAAAUCUAAAGUUACAACUUAAACUAAAGGCCCUAAGCAUAUAUAAAUCUACAGUUAAAUAAGUAAAUUAAAAACGGCAAGCAACUCGAGCAGAUUGAAAGGAAGAAACACAGAGAGAGAGUGAAAGAGAGAGAGGAGAACGCUCAAAAGAAAUUCGCCUUUUACACGAUUUUUAAAUUGAGCGUUUUGGCAGAGAUCCAUUAUACAUCCAUCCAAAAAGAGAGGAGAAAGAGGAGAGGGAGCAAGAGAGAGUGAAGAGCAAAAACAAACAAGGAGCAACUGUAAACACACACAAUCUCAGCUUCACGCUGGCGAAUCGCAACGGCAGCAACAACAACAGAGGAGGGGGCGGCGACGCUGGGGGCGGGGGAGCAGUGCCCGCCGCUGCCCGCAACAACAACAAUCAGAACAACAACCAAAACGGUAACAACAACAACAACAAUGGAGGCGGAGGAGCGGCUGCAGUCGGCGCUGGCGCCGAUGGAGCAGCUGGCGGUGGCGGAGGAGGUGGGGGAGCGGGACCUGCAGGAGCACCGGGCAACGAAUGGAAUCCCGAGGAAAUGGACCGCUUCAGCUUCGACGACUCCAUCCGCUUCGAGGAGGAUUCAUUGUGCAGCUGGAGCUCCGAGCCCGAAUCGCUGUGCAACAAUUGGCGCGGCUGGAAGAAGCCCGCUGCGGGCAGCGGCAUGGCGGUAGGAGGACCCCUUCCCUUCGUGGCAGGUGCCUCCGGUUCUUGUACACCGGGCGGCACUGCAACGACCAUGGGAAACAUAUCCACCUGCGGCAGAUAUUAUGAAGUUUCCACAUUGGCCGAGCUGGCAGCCCGUUGCGUGGCCUCCUACAUACCGUUUGAGCUGGUGGAGCACGUUUAUCCACCGGUGCCGGAGCAGCUGCAGCUGCGCAUUGCGUUCUGGAGCUUUCCGGACAACGAGGAGGACAUCCGGCUGUAUUCCUGCCUGGCCAACAGUUCGGCGGACGAGUUCAAUCGCGGCGAUUCGUUGUUUCGGGUGCGAGCUGUCAAGGAUCCUCUGCAAAUUGGCUUUCAUCUGUCGGCCAGUGUGGCAUGUCAGGCGCCGCGAGCCUACUUCAAUGUGGCGGUCACCUUCGACCGGCGUCGCAUCUCCUCAUGCAACUGCACCUGCACCUCGUCCGCCUACUGGUGCUCCCACGUGGUCGCCGUUUGUCUGCAUCGCAUCCAUUGUCCGCAGGAAGUCUGCUUGCGGGCUCCCGUUUCGGAGUCACUGACCCGAUUGCAACGCGACCAGCUGCAGAAGUUCGCCCAGUAUCUGAUCAGCGAGCUGCCCCAGCAGAUCCUGCCGACGGCCCAGCGGCUCCUGGACGAGCUGCUCAGUGCCCAGCCGACGGCCAUAAACACGGUGUGCGGUGCACCCGAUCCAACGGCUGGGGCCUCCAUCAACGAGCAGACCAGCUGGUAUCUGGACGAGAAGACGCUGCAUAACAACAUCAAGCGCAUCCUCAUCAGGUUUUGUUUGCCCGCGCCGAUUGUGUUAAGUGAUGUGAACUAUCUGACGAACUCGGCUCCUCCGGCGACGGCCGAGUGGAGCUCCCUGCUGCGACCGCUGCGAGGACGAGAACCGGAGGGCAUGUGGAACCUGCUGUCGAUUGUGCGCGAAAUGUACAGGCGAUGCGACCGGAACGCAGUGCGUCUGCUGGAGAUCAUCACGGAGGAGUGCAUGGUCUGCGAUCAGAUCCUCAUCUGGUGGUUCCAAACGAAGCUGGCGCUCAUGAUGGGCUCACACGGCCAUUCCGGCGGGAAGCAUUCGAACACGCACUCCAAUUCGACGGCUCUGCAGCAUGCCUGCAGUUCGCUGUGCGACGAGAUCGUGGCUCUGUGGCGAUUGGCGGCGCUCAAUCCCGGCCUGGCGCCGGACGAGAGGGACAUGCUGCACGCCCAGUUCACCACCUGGCAUCUGAAGAUCCUCGAUCGGGUGGUCAAGAGCAGGAUGAUGCCGUCUUCGUACACGAACAAGCACCAGCAGAAUUCGCGAUCCGAAACGGAGCUGUUCAUCGGAUUUAAGCCGGCCAUUGAGGCGUGCUACUUGGACUGGGAGGGCUAUCCCAUUCCGGGUGUGACGCACACCCAUGACACGAAUCCCAUCUAUUACUCGCCGUUCACCUGCUUCAAGCACACGGACCUCAAGGGCGAGUCCAGCAAUCCCGGCCAGCUGAACGCCACCCAGGCGCUGAUGACGAACAACAAGCACUACAACUACUUCAGCGCCUCCAGCGAUCACGGGAUGCAUGCGGGCGCCUUCAAGCAGCGCCUGGACAGACCCUUUCGUGAGUCGCGCUUCUACGCGAAUCCCGCUGAUCUGGAGGCCUCGGCAUCACUGAAUGGCGCCGGCAGCGGCGGAGGAGGAAGUGGUUCGGGCAGAUUCCCCACGGGACUGGUUAUUGUUGGACCCUGUCCCGGUGGCGUUGGCCAAAUGAGUGGCGGCGUGGGCAACGCUGUGGGAGGAGCGGCGGCCGAAGCGAAUCCCGUGCAGCAGCAGUUGCCCAGCGGAUCGGCGGGAGUCGGUGCCUCCUCGGUGGCCAACUCCAAGGUGUCGACGGCAGCGGGCGAUGGCAAUCGUUCGAGUGCCAGCAGCGAGGGAUUCUGCGAGAACGAUGACUUCGGCGGCGACACCAGCAGCAGUCACAACUACUGUCCGCCGGGACAGGCGGUUGUGCCCGGCCAGAAAUCGGCCCUGACGGAGUCCGAUUCGCAGAGCAGCUUCGAUGCCGUCUCGCAGCAGAGCAAGGACGAACCACCGGUGGUGGGCGGAGUGGGUGUGGGUGUGGGUGUGCCAGUGGGCGUGGAGCAAACGCUCUCCACCUCGGACACCUCGUCGGCCUCCUCGGCAUCCUCGUCGGCGUCAACCGCAUCGGGUAGCUCGAACAGCUCCACCUCCUCCAUGCUGAUGGCCGGACAGGAGGCGACCGUUGGAGUGGGAGGCGUUGGAGUGCAGCAGACACCGCGUCGCCUGAGCAAGGAUGAAUCCUUCAGCAGCAGCAGCGACGAGUUCAACCAGGGCGGACCAGUUGGCGGACCAUCGAGCGGAGUGGGUGGCGGCGGUUCAGCGGCGGGAGAAGCCACACCGGGCGGAGGAGGAGGAGUGCCGGCUGGAGGAGAUCUCACCCCAGUGCCGAGCACAUCGGCGGCUGCCCGGGCAGCCAUGGCGGCCACCGGCUCCUCGGUGCCCGCAAUGCCCAGCAGUGGUGCACCUCAUCUGCCGGGUGGCGCGGCCGGCGGCUUGGGUGUUCUGGGAUUGGGCAGUGCUGCGGUGGAUCAACCCUGCAGCUCGACUGCGCACGCUGCUCGAGCUUUGGCCGCUGCCGUGGCCAUUUCCAGCGACAAACCGCACGUCUUCUCCAAUGUGCGGCCCACGGAGGAUGCCUGGGACAUACUCCUGGCCAGAGCCGAGGGUCUCCAUGCCCAUGGCCACGGUGGCGAGGCCUGCAUCCUGGCCGUUCGCCUGGCCGAGCAGAUGCUGGCCAAUCCGCCAAAUCUGCUGCUGGAACUGCCGCCCGCGCCGAAGCGCAAGGGCAAGAAGCAGAACGUGAAUCCCAUCUCGCACCAGCUGACGGUGGUGGCCUCCGCCACGCUGUCCAAGUGCGCCUUCCUGUGCACCGUGCUGUCGGAGAACUCGGAGCACUACCACAUCGGGUUUCGGAUAUGUCUGUUCGCGUUGGAGAUGCCGCGUCCGCCGGCGAGCACCAAGCCGCUGGAGGUGAAGCUGGCCAACCAGGAGGCGGACAUACUGGCCCUGCUCAAGCGACUGCCGCUGGGCGCCGCCGAGCUGCAGGUGAUCCGCGAGCGAGCCGAGCAGCUGCGCAGCGGCACCUUCAAGACGCGCGGCGAAGCCCUGCUGCCCAUCAACCUGGCCACGUUCAUCUUCGAUGCCCUGGUCACGCUCAGUCCGAGCGGAGGAACUGCUUCGGCCGUGGGAACAAGUGGAGUGGCCGCGACCACCAGUGGAGGAGGAGCAGCUGCUGCCACAAGCAAAGCGAUUGCCACUCCCGGACCACGUUUGCUGCUCUACAAGCACAACAGCGACGAGAAUCUGGGAUUCGAUGCGGCAGUUGCUGCCCUGGGAUUGAAGGCCAACGUCUCGGAGGCGGAGCAUCCGUUGCUGUGCGAGGGAACGCGACGACAGCGUGGUGAUCUCGCGUUGACGCUGCUCUACCACUACAAGGAUGAGCCGCGCAAGAUAGCCAAGAUCAUGGAGAAGCUGCUGGACCGGGACAUCCACACGCUCCUUAAUGCACCCCUCCUGCCCGCCUACUACUCGAGCAAUCCGCCGGUGCGGACGCCCAGCAACCAGCCAACGCGCCGCGAGGAGCACGAUUACAGCGGCUCCGGGUGCCCCUCAUCCAGCUGCAAUCCGGUGGCCAAUCUGUGCGAGCUCCUGCCCGCCGACUAUGGCAGUGUGGGCGGGAACAGUAGGCCGCAUAGCUCCACGAGUGCCGAGCUGGAGCUGAGCAUGUGUGCGCUGAGCAUGGCGAGCAAUGGCAGCCAGUCGGGCGGUGGACAGGGCAUGGUGCCCACACCGAAUGCGGCGGGAACCACUGGGACACCGAACUCGGGCAGCACCACGGCCAGUGGAGGACAGAAUCCCAAUGGGAAUCCCAGUGGCAGUGGCAACGGCGGCGGCGGAGGAAAUGGCAAUGGAGGAGGAGGCGGUGGUGGUGGUGGCGGUAGCUCCAGUCGGAACAAGGAGAGUCGCUACAAGGGCAAGCGGGCGUAUCCAUCGAUACCCAACCAGCCGUCGGAGGCGAGUGCCCACUUCAUGUUCGAGCUGGCCAAGAAUGUGCUGACGAAGGCCGGCGGCAACAGUUCCACAUCGCUGUUCACCCAGGCGAGCACCAGCCACAAUCACCAUGGACCCCAUCGUGCCCUCCACAUGUGCGCCUUCCAGCUGGGACUCUAUGCCCUCGGCCUGCACAACUGCGUGAGUCCCAAUUGGCUGUCGCGCACGUACUCGUCGCACGUCUCCUGGAUUCUCGGCCAGGCGAUGGAGAUCGGAGCGCCGGCGAUUAGUUUCCUGAUCGAUACGUGGGAGGCGCACCUAACGCCACCGGAGGCCGCUGGCAUGGCGGAUCGGGCAUCGCGCGGCUGGGACAGCAACAUGGUCUAUCCCGCCGCCGAGUUGGCCCUGUCCGUUCUGCCGCAUGCAGCUGCCCUCAAUCCGAACGAGAUCCAGCGGGCGAUCCUGCAGUGCAAGGAGCAGAGCGAUCUGAUGCUGGAGCGCGCCUGCCUGACCGUUGAGACGGCGGCCAAGGGCGGCGGCGUCUAUCCGGAGGUGCUCUUCCAGGUGGCCCGCUACUGGUACGAGCUGUACAUGCGCAACACGCCGAACAACAGCGAGCACGAGCCGCACGACGACACCAUGGACCACUCGGCGGUGAGUCUGAGUGUGCUGAUCGAGUCGCACCAGCAGCACGAGCUGCAGCAGCAGCAGCAGCAACAGGCGGCAGUGCAGCAGCAGCAGCAGCAGCAACAACAGCAGCAGGUGGUGCAACAGCAGCAGCAGCAAGUGGUGCAGCAGCAGCAACAGAUGGGCAUGCCCAAUCCCGGAGUGCCGGGUGGUGUGGGUGUGGGUGUGGGUGUGGGAGUGGGAGUGGGUCCCGGACCUGGACUAUCGGUGCCUGUGCCACCGCCCGUCGUGGGAUCCGUGCCAAAUCCGCAGGGCCAGUUCCAGCCGGUGGGCGUGGGAUCACUGGCCCCACUUGGACUGGCUCCCUAUCCGCCGUACAGCUUCUGCCAGGGCUUGUACGCGCACCACCACAACCUCAGCUACUCGCCCGGCCAGAUGCAGAUGUACAUCUCGGCGGGACCGCCGCCACCGCCGCAGGGAUACGGCGGUUACCAGCAGGCGCCGCCGCAGCAGCCGCCCAAUCCGCAGCAGCAGCAGCAACAGGUGGUGCAGCAGCAGGUGGUGCAGCAACAGCAGCAGGUGGUGCAGCAGCAAGUGCAGCAGCAGCAGGUUCAGAUGGCCGGCCAGGCGCCGCCUGGUCAUCCCGGCCAGCAGGGUCAUCUGGGACAGCCGCCCACCGGCUUCCAGCAGCAACCGCCGCCGGGAGCUUUCCAGGCGCUGCCACCACAGGCCUACCAAGCGAUGCAACCGGGUCCGCCGGGACCACCGAUGGGUCCGCCGCAGGGCUACUACGGCCCUCCGCCACCACCGCCUCCGAACGGACCCUCCGUGGGAGUGGGCGUGGGCGUGGGAGUUGGCGUAAUGCCCAUGCGCCAGCACCAGCACCAGCAUCCCGUCUACCCGUUCAUGCAGCAGGCGCCGCCGCCGCCGCAGCAGCAGCAACAGCCGCCGCCCUCGCAGCCGCCGGUGCGACAGCGACAGCCGCAUCAGUUCACAUCCACCCAGCUGCGCUAUCUGCUGGCCGCCUACAACGUGGGCAUGCUGGCGAUGGAAACGCUGGCGCGACGCGUCCACGACGAUCGGCCGCAGGCGAAGUACGCCAGGAAUCCGCCGUACGGCGAGGACGUGAAGUGGCUGCUGCGGAUCAGCAAGAAGCUGGGCACCCAGUACCUGCACCAGUUCUGCAUCUGUGCGGUCAACUCGAUCGUGAGUCCGUUCGUGCUGCACGACGUGGCCAUCGAGUCCGCCCACUAUCUGGGCAGGAAUAACCACCAGAUGGUGAUGCAGCACCUGCGAUCCGCGCUCACGCCUCUCGUGCAAAAGUGCCAGCAAAUGUACAUCCAAUGCAUCCACCAGAAGCUGUAUCAUCUGACGCAGGGAGACUACGAGGAGUUCGCCAGCAUUGUGGUGGCGGCGCGCGCCGCCUUUCAAAUAACACCAGAGGGCAGCGCCCAAUUUAAGGAUUGGCUGCAGUCGAUCAAGCGUUCAAAAUCCUGCAAGAAAGAGCUAUGGACCCAGAUCAAUGCGGCGCUGCAGAGCAACUCCAAAUGACAAAGACUUGACUCCUGCAAUCUGAUGACGGCAGUGGCAACAGCGAAUUUGGCAACAACGGCAGCAGCGGCAGCACCGGAA